AUGGUGAUGACAUUGAUGGAACCACAUUCUUUUCCGGAAGCGAGCCCGACAAGACCCAUUCCUGGGGGGCAGGGCACCGGAAUCAAUGCGGGUGUGAUGUUGCUUGCGCCAAACAUGGCCGACUUCCUCCAAAUGCAGGCAGAAUUGAGGGAGCCAUGGCAUCCUGGCCAUGUCCGUGGAAACGGUCCAGAGCAGGACUAUUUGAGCCGCUUUUUUGCUGAUCGGCCAUGGAGGCACAUUUCAGUGGAAAACAAUUUCCAGGUGCACCACAUGUUCAAUGCUUUGCACCCAUGGCUGGGUGAUGCCGAACGGCUGGUGGUGUGUCAAAACUACCAGACCGUCCGCAUCGUCCACUUCUCGGGAGAUUCUGGAGUGAAGCCUUGGACACGCUGCUUGCAGAAAAGCUUUGGAUGGCCCAGCCGAGACCAAGAUGAGGAGUACAUGCAGUCGUUUCUCUCAGAUCAUCAUUCCUAUUUACUGUGGGUGAAGAAAGAUCCAGAGCGGUGGAGCAAGAUGGAGAGGAACAUGUUUGACGACAGCAGCCUCAGGGGCUUCAGCCUGGGUCAAGAUGGUGCCAUCUACUUUGAAGAUGAGAGUGGGAAGGUGCUGAAGGAGACGUCCCAGGAAGCCAUCACUGCAGUCAUGGAUGCCACGAGGUCCAGCUGA